CCUUGGCUGCUCUGGAAAGACCAUGCCAGUCUGAUGUGGUGGAGAGGAGCAGCAGGAGGAGGAACACGAGGAUGAGGCUGGAGCAGUGCCUGCCCCUCCUGGGGCUCCUCCUGUGUGCAGUUGGCACCACAGCUCAGGAGGGUGAAGAGCUGGAGGGGGAGUUCCUGGUGGAGAUUUCGGGCACCACGGUGACAAUCACGUGUCCCUUUGAGCACGAGGCCAUCCAGUGGAAGCUGGCUGGGAAAGCACAGGACACCAAGGAGAGGAAGUUCAUUAUGAGGGACCAUGACAGCACUCCUGCCAACCUCAGCUGUUCCUUCCGUACCGAGGGGGGCAGUGAGAAGCACAGCCAGCUGUACCUGAAUGCCAGGGUGUGUGCCACCUGCGAGGAGCUGGACGCCCUGACCGUGGCAGGGAUCAUCACUGCAGACCUCCUCGUCACCCUGGGGGUGCUGAUCCUGGUCUACUACUUCAGCAGAGGCAGGAAGGGACGAGCCAGCGCCGGCGGGGACAGUCGGCCACGGGGUCAGAAGACGCAGCGUCCUCCCCCUGUCCCAAACCCGGACUAUGAGCCCAUCCGCAAGGGCCAGCGGGAGGUGUACGCGGGCCUGGGAGCCAGGGGCAUCUGAGAUCGCGGCACGGCGGGCUGGGACCAGCAGCUCUGCGGUGAACGCUUCUGCCCAGCUUGUGGCCACCUCUCUGCAGCUCUGCUGGCAUUUUGGGCUAAGCCGGGCGGCCACGGGACAGGGAACGUGUCCCACCCUGGGGUGCGCUCGGCUUUGCCAGCAGGGCACAGAAAUGAGCACAUUGGCAAGAGAUUUCCUUCUCAUUAAAGGACUGCAGCCUCA